UUUGUGUGGUGUGUGUGUGACAAAUUGAACUUUGAAUUCGAAUUCAAGCAUGGUCUUAUUUUUCUGGCGCACCUGCUUGUAGCCCUGUGACUGUACAUUAAUCAUUAGCCCCUGGUGAACGUUCUACAUGACACAAAUAGUGAAACUUGUUCUCGGGACUGCAAGUUGAGAGACCCAUGUUAGUGUUUUCAACAGCUCUCCCACAUCAGGCACGUACAGGGGGCCUUCUCGCUCGACAGCCCCCGCGUUAUUCAACCUUUACGCGCUCUUUCUAGGCCUAUUAUCCCUCUUGUUAUCGUUUCUUGUUUACUUUGGGCUUGGCUGUUGAAUUGACAAGCCUAGUUCCCGGACUGAUGGACCCCUACGAGUGUACACAACAGCUGACUAAAAUACAAAAUGGCGUCGUGAAAUUCAUUUCAAGCAACUUUGACAGAUCAAAGAAUGUGAGUGUUUGUUACUCUGUCUGAGUAGGGUUCUCUGUGGGGUAUUGUGAAAUGCACACCAAAUCCGCCCGGAUUUGGUGCAUUCGUAUCGACUUGGAGCUCCUCAAAUCUUUUCAUAUAAUGAACCGGCUAUAGCUCGGAGCGGAUUAGUAAAAACAGCCUUCAGAUCCAACUUUUCGACAAAAGACUUCAUGGAUGACACUGGACAUAUGCAACUGAGCUGCUUCAGUUGAAAAGACACCGUAAAGUAGUCCUUGACUAAGGCCCGGACAGUAUUUCCAACACCAUAGUACUCCAAGUUUAGCAAGGAGCCAUCGAACAAGACGCCGUUUAGACUUAAUGUCAACCUGGAUAUUCGGUUUGGUCGAAUGAUGUUCAUGUAAACAGAAAGCAUGAGUGAAGCCCCAACAUCUCCAGUGAGUCUGAAACACGCGGAUCCUUGGAACAGCAUGAGUCUGUCUCGUCUGACAUUCACCGGUAAGGAUCCAGGCAUCACCAAGACAAUCACGGCUCUGGGCAUCCUUAGUCUCAUCUCGAUGCUCCUGGGAGGUCUAUCCGUGCUUCUCCUCAUCCAGCUUAGCAUCAGACAGGAUAACCCACCGACGGCUGAAGCAGCGUCCAAGCGGAUUGGUGGGCUGGUAUGGAUGGAGCGGUUCCUAGAGGCCAGCGUGGUGCUAGCCAGCCUGUGCGUCAUGCUGUGUUUCUGCAGCGUGGUGUCAUGCACGGCCCAGUGUUAUUUUGCAGCCAAGAUGCUGAAAUUACCACAAGGAGAAGAAAGAGCCCGUCGAUUCCUGGGAGACACAUCAGGGACGCGGUUUCUUGCCGUUAGUUCCUUCUUUACCGCAAUACCUGUAUUCAUAGCAACUUUUACGUUGUACAUCAUUCACGAGUUCAGUGUGGUGCCUGCCGCUUUGUCCACGUCCUUCCUUGGCCUCGGCCUUAUUUUCAUUUUUACCACCUUCGGUCGCAGCGUCUGGCUGUGGAGAAGGGAACACGACCUCAUCAUUCGUGGUGUUGGCGUGUUCGAGUACAACGGGACAUCAGCCAUCAGUAGCGUUGAUGGGAGGGCGCCCUUUGCCUACACAAAUAAUGCUAACACGACAGCAGAGACGACGCGAAACCAGUCUACGGACAAUAAUUUGUCAACUCUGGUGUGAAAAUGGUACAUGGUUUAUUUUAACGCUUCAUUUGUUUAUGAUACUGAGCACGCAGUAACCAAUUAUGUAUAUCCAUGGACGUGGACGGUCGUAAAGUUCUUCGUCAGAGAUGUCUGUUUCAUUAACAUAUGCAAUCAUAAUCAUUGUAACGUGUAAAGUGUUUCUCUGCUGUUCCACCGGCGUUUUAAGGGCGUGGCAUUCCGAUAUGCUGCUGGUAAAUUAGUUACGGUUUAUGACUGCAUAAUUCGUUCUAACAAUAAGGCUAACGCAGUGUCACAUCUUUUCACAGUAUUAAACGCCCUGAACCUUUGGAAGGUUUGGACAUUGUUGCUUUUUCCAAAAAACAAUUCUUUCCUAGAGAUACUGUAUGAAAAUAUAUAGCGAUGAAGUGAGCGCCCUUCUCUCCAUGACGUCUAUUACAGUCGCACCCCUAAAAAUAAAUUCCCAUAGACACCAAUGAUAAAUCCUUAUAUUUCAAAAUUGUUUUAAAAG